AUGGAUGAAACUAAGAUAUUGGUGGAGGGUGUAAAGCUAGAUGACUUGGAAACAAACCAUUUUAUCCUCAUCCAUGGAGGAGGUUUCGGCGCUUGGUGUUGGUACAAAACCAUUGCUCUCCUAGAAGAAGAUGGUUUCAAAGUCACCGCCAUAGACUUAGCUGGUUGCGGUAUCAACUCGUGCAACAUAAACAGCAUCGCAAGCUUGUCACAGUACGUGAAACCACUUACUGAUGUUCUUGAAAAGCUUCCCACAGGAGAGAAGGUGAUCUUGGUUGGUCAUGACUUCGGUGGAGCAUGUAUAUCUUACGCUAUGGAACAGUUUCCUUCCAAGAUCUCAAAAGCUGUGUUCCUCUCUGCAGCCAUGUUGACUAAUGGCCAGAGCACACUCGACAUGUUCUCGCUGCAGGCAGGUCAGAGCGACUUAAUGAGAAAAGCUCAGAUAUUUAUCUACACAAACGGUAAUGAACACCCUCCAACGGCCAUUGACUUAGACAAGUCACUUCUUAAAGACCUUUUGUUCAAUCAAAGCCCUUCAAAAGAUGUUGCAUUGGCUUCUGUGUCAAUGAGGUCAAUCCCGUUUGCGCCGGUUCUUGAGAAACUCUCUCUCUCAGAUGGUAACUACGGAUCAGUGAGACGGUACUACAUAGAGACGCUGGAAGACAAUGCCAUACCGUUGGCUCUCCAAGAACACAUGAUCAAUAGUAGUCCACCUGAAAAAGUUUACCGGUUAAAAGGUGCUGACCAUGCUCCUUUCUUCUCUAAGCCACAAGCUUUGCAUAAAUUUUUACUUGAGAUUGCCAGGAUUAGAGCCUCUCACAGAUAGAUGUCUUCAUACAUUAUAUUUUGUUUUUUCUUGUUUCAUUUUGUUUCUGGCUUUUUUUUCUUACUGUUAUGUCUGUAUUUCUUUCUUGUUGUUGUUCUGCUUUC